CAGCCGGUGUCCGACCUCACAAGCAAACCUUACAACCUGUCGCAUUAAAUUGCCCUUCAAGCUAUCCCCUGUCCAUACCCAUACCAGACCUCCAGUCUCCCCUACAAAGCGCCUGGGAAGCGCAUGAGCUACAACACCUAGGCGGAAAUGCAGUACGUGCGGUCACUUACCGGCACUGUCUCGAAAGGCUGGAACUCUAUAAACCCCGCCACGUUAAGCGGCGCAAUCGAUGUCAUCGUAGUCGAACAGGAAGAUGGAUCCCUCGCUUGCUCGCCGUUCCACGUUCGCUUUGGCAAAUUCCAGCUGUUGAGACCCUCUGACAAGAAGGUCCAAUUCACCGUGAACGAUGUCAAACAAGACUACUCUAUGAAGCUCGGCGAAGGGGGCGAGGCCUUCUUCGUCUUCGAAACCUCCGCCGCGAUCCCCGAAGAGAUGCAAACCUCGCCGCUCACAUCGCCCGCGGCGAGUCCUGAACAAAGACCAUUGGAGGGGCCAGCAAGUGACAACCUGCCCGACCCCGAGCCUCUAGAGCUAGACGGUAGCAUGGACAGAAGGAGGGGCAGGCUGUCCAUGUCUGUCCCGCCCAGCGACAUGAUGCCAUCCAACUUUGGGCAUAGCAGGCCAAUGUCUGGGGAUUGGUCCGGAUAUCAGAUACCGCGAUCGAACACAGAUGACUUGGUACCAACGACGAAAAGUACAUUGGUAGACUUGGACUCAAAGGAGAGCGGCCCUCUGUCGGUCAGCAAGGAACAGGCGACAGCUUGGAAUUCCUCUUCCCGUCGAUCUGCCAGCCCACCUCCAUUAAGCCCCGAAGAAGCCAUGGCUCGUGCGGUCAAGCUGUCAAAGCAGCUCCUAGUCUCGAACAUACCCAACAAAGUCACCGAGCGCGGAGAUCUGAUGCUGGACAUGACGGGCUACAAGAGCAGCGAGGAGGAGGCACUACGGGCCGAAGUCUUUGCACGUAAGCUUCUUGCCGAUGAAUUAGAGGGCAAUUAUGAUAUUGGCACUUUGAUUGGCGCAGAUGAACAUGGAAAUCUCUGGAUCUACAGCAGCGAAGAAGCCAAGGCAGAAGCCAGUCGUAAACUUGGUUUUAGUCUAUUAGGCGACGAGGGGCUACGCUCCACCGAUGCUAUCUCCGACCCGGGAUAUCACAGCGAUGAUGCGCAGAGCGAUACCACAGCUGGAUACUCCCCUCACAUGCGAAGGGAUUCUGAUAGUGCUGUCGGACUACUAAGCCCUCCGCAAAGCCCGGAUGCCACCACGGGUGGAACUAAAAGCUACGCGAAGACUCUAAGACUCACAAGUGAGCAACUCAAGGCCCUGGACCUCCGACCAGGUUCGAAUACAAUGAGCUUCACUGUCAACCGUUCCACGUGUCAAGCGUAUAUGUUUUAUUGGAAACACGACACACCCAUUGUUAUCUCAGAUAUCGAUGGCACAAUCACCAAGUCCGAUGCUCUUGGUCAUGUGUUGAACAUGAUCGGCCGCGACUGGACUCAUUUGGGAGUUGCAAAACUUUAUACUGAUAUCGUGAAUAAUGGGUACAAUAUCUUCUACCUGACCAGUCGAUCGGUAGGGCAGGCCGACACAACGAGAGCGUAUUUGAAUGGCGUCGUGCAAGAUGAGGGGUAUAGGCUACCCAAGGGCCCAGUUAUCAUGAGCCCGGACCGGACCAUGGCCGCUCUUCGCCGAGAGAUAUACCUUCGAAAACCCGAGGUGUUCAAGAUGGCCUGUUUGAGAGAUAUCAUGAAUCUUUUCAACAAGCCAGCGGGGCAGACUCCUUUCUACGCCGGUUUUGGAAAUCGACUGACUGAUGCAUUGAGUUACCGUUCCGUCAACAUUCCUUCUACUAGGAUCUUUACCAUCAAUUCUAAUGCCGAAGUCAGCUUAGAUGUGCUUUCCUUGAACAGCUACAAGACCGGCUACGCCAGUAUGCGCGAGAUCGUGGAUCAUUUCUUCCCACCAGUUGGUCUGUUAGUACCAGCCGGGGGUGAACAAUUCACUGAUUUCAGUUACUGGCGCGAGAAACCGAUGGAUCUUGAAGACUUCACGGACAGCGAGGAGGAUGAAGAAGAUGAUGAUAUCACAGAAGCAGCCAGUCUCCGUAGUGAGGAUGAAGGCUCCGAGAUUGGCGAGGAUCUUGAGGCGAGCUACAUGACGAAUGAGUCUGUGGAGGAUGCUGGACUUGAAGAUUCCAUUCUUGAAAGCGUGGAGGGUGACGACUAUGCAGAAGAUGAGGAAGAGGAAUAUCUCGAGGGCCAGGACGAGAAUGGCUUGGAAGAGUACGAUGCAUCGGAUGCAGAAGAUGAAGAACUGGAAGAGGAAACGGGCACGCCUACGGACGAGGUGAAGCCUGGCGUUGAAGGGCUCACAGAAGAGGUCGAUUCCUUGAGCCUCAGAGAUGCUACACCGACGCCUCAGGCGAGCCCUCAGAAGGGACGAAAAAGCCCCCCGCCGAUAGCUUCCUCUCCAAGAAGAGUAGGGAAGUAGCAAUCAUAGAUUUUGCAUGGACUAUCUUCUCGGUGAUCCGGCAUAGCAUGGCGUUCAUGAGCGACGAUUUUAUUUUCCCGUUAAAGCAUACAAGUCCUUUGAUACGUCGUCUUUCUCUUUUCGGGCAUGGAGCGGGUACCAUAGAUAGUAAGAUAAUCGCGGGUAAUAUCUGUUUCAUAUCUUCAAGUAGCAUAUUUUGGCGGCAUCCGUCGAUUGGUGCACGAAGGCCUUC